AUGGCGCUCUUCAAUAUAUCGAAUCUCAGUUAUCCAUCAUUGUUGUUCCUCUGCAUGAUCUUUCUACUUACAAUUCGUGCUUUGCGAAAUCAAAUAAGGACCACUCAAAUAAAAAAGGGGUGUCAGCCACCACCAUCAGUUCCCCAAAAAGAUCCAUGCUUUGGACUUGACAUAAUCUACGGCCGGUUCACAGAAACAUAUGAAAAGCAAUCGCGCGAUACAAUUGCCAGAGGUCUCUUUUCAAAGUAUGGCCACACGUUUCAAUCAUUUCCAUAUGGUGUUGCCGAAAUCGUCACUGAAGCCCCAGAACACGUUAAAGCUAUUUAUGGAACAGAUUUCGAAUCAUUCGGAGUCGGGCCAAUGAGAUCUUUUGGGUUGAAACCUUUAGCAGGCGAUGGAUUGAUGUCUACCGAUGGUGCUGUUUGGAAGGCUCAUCGAUCCGUACUCACUCCAAUUUUUGCACAGGCCGCAAACCACCAACAGAUGUUUGAGCAACACGUUGCGCGGCUUCUGGCUCUGAUUCCUGAAGACGGCUCCACUGUUGAUUUACAGCCUCUAUUUGAUCGACUGGCACUUGAUAGCUCCUCUGAGAUCUUAUUUGGGAAGUCAACAUUGACCCUAUUGCCAGAGACUCCAGCAGAUGCUAUGAAAUUCCUAGAUGCCUAUAAUUACUCUUUACAGGGUUUCUGGUCUUCAUGCAAAGACGCGCAAGACUUUGUCGAUAAAAUACUCGACAAAGUAAUGGAUACUGCUACAUCAGCAAGUGAGGAACAGAAAUACUCUGUAGCAUACGGACUAGCAAACCUGGGUCAAGAUCGAGUGAAGAUCAGAAAUGAGCUUUUGGGAUUAUUCCUUCCUAUUCACGAUGCCAUUGCAACGCCUCUUACGAACAUGUUCUUUAAUCUGGCCCGCAAUCCCAAAGCGUGGACAAAGUUGCAAAAGGAAAUAUCGAGCAUUAGAUCCGCAGAACUCACUCCUAAACUUGUGAAGAGCUUAAAGUAUCUAAAUUGUGUCAUCAACGAGACAAUGCGACUAUACCCCGGUGUAAGUGCCAAUGAGCGCAUUGCCCUCCGAGACACAGUCCUUCCGACAGGAGGAGGACCAAAUACAAAUUCUCCGAUCUUCGUCAAGAAAGGCGUAAAGGUUGUACUUUGGUUCGCGUCAAUGGCUCGACGUAAGGAUCUGUGGGGAGAAAAUGCUGAAAUAUGGCGUCCUGAGAGAUGGGAAGGCGACUUCAAACCUGAUCGUUGGAUAAAUCUAUCCUUUGGGGCCGGGCCACGAAUGUGUCCAGCUAGCGAUCUUGGCGUCACCCAGAUUGCGAUAAUUACCAUCAGGAUUUUGCAGAAGUUCAAAGCCAUCCAGAAUCGUGAUCCGGUGAAGGAAUUUGUGGAUCGUUGGAGGGUAACAACUGUGAGCAAGAACGGCGCUCUAGUUGGAUUAAUACUUUGA